AUGACAGGAGAAGGCUCAGAAUGUCGUGAUAAAGGAAAGGGGUCCAUCAUCCGUGGGGCCUUCUCCUACCCUGCUUUACACCCUCCUCCUACCCUUAUAGUACACCCUCCUCCUACCUCUGUAGUACACCCUCCUCCUACCCCCGCAGCAGACAUUCUUCCUCCUCCUGUGAUCAUUACCCUCACUCCUCCCCCUGUGAUUAUUACUCUCACUGCUUUCCCUGACCCUACUUUUAUACCUUCAUCAUCUUGUAUACCACCUUCUGAGACUGCCACACCAUCUGCUAAUUCAGAUUCAGCUGGUGAUGGUGAUGGUGUUGACCCGCCCCUCCAUGAUCAACCAUGGAUUGAGCCAUAUGGUAAAGGAUAA